GGGCGGCGGCGCCGUGGUGGUGACCAUGGUGGGAGGGAGGCGGGGGCCCGGAGCUGCGGACGGGAGAGGGGCCGGGGAGCGGCUGCCGGGCGGUGCGGGCGGGAGGGUGGCGCGGUCGGGGCUGCUGCUAGGAGAACAUGGCGGGGAGUGAGCGAGCAGGCCAGCAGUGCCCCUGUGUUGUUACACGGCACGGCCCCGCCCCCUUCCGCCCUCCAGCCAAUCGGCGCGCCGGGAAGCCUCGAGCGCCACGCCUCCCCGCAGGGCUCGGCCAAUCCACGCCGGCCGGCCGCCGCGCUGGCCCCGCCUCGGCCAAUCGGCAGCGACACAAACAGUUGGGGCCCCGCCCGCUUCCGCAGGCCGCCCAAUCGGCGCGCACACAAACAAGGGGCACUCCCCAGUCUCCGAGGCACGGACCCGAGGAGCGGGGCGGGGGGGCGGGGCCAGCCGCUCCCCUCGCCAGCACCGCCGGCCAAUCGCGCGGCGCCCCACCGCCCGGAGGCCAGCCCCCGAAGGCCUCGGAGCCAAUCGGAGGCGACGUAAACAGGCGGCGGGGGCGCGCCCUGGGGGGGGUGGCGCGCUCCCGGCGGGGCACGCGGUGCUCGCCAUGGAGCCGCCGGCACCGGGCUCUGAGGGGGCUCCGGGGGCCCCGGCCCCGGCCCCGGCCCGGGAGGGAGCGGAGCGGGACGGGCGGAGCCUGGAGGCGCUGAGCCUGGCCGCCGGCAGCACCGGAGCGGCGGCCGCAGCAGCAGCAGGGGUGGCGGCGGGGAGGCCGCAGCCCCCCUCGGAGGGCCGGCGGGCCACGCUGGCGAGCGCCCUGGAGCUGGAGGGGACGGUGCUGCGCGAGGGGCGGCUCACGCAGUUCGUGGCCAACAACCUGGAGCGCCGCAUCCGCCUCAGCGGCGCCCCGCGGGGCGAGCAGCCGGCACCGGGCCCCGCACCGGGGGCUGGGCCCGGAGCCGCAGCCGGGGCCAGCUCCAUCCCCGCCAUCGACCCCGGGGCGCUGCAGGACGUGGUGGCCCUGGCCGGGCAGGUGGCGGCGCAGGUGGACGAGCUGCUGCGGGGCGUGCACUGCGGGCUGCAGGCCCUGACGGCGCUCAGCGUCGGCUGCAUCCAGACCUACCGCGACGGCGUGGAGAGCCUGGGCGAGGCGGCCGACCUCAGCAUCCGCGCCAUGUACGCGCUGGUGGCCCGCUGCGAGGAGCUGGACCGCGCCAUGCAGCCCGUGCCCGCCCUGGCCAAGCGCAUCCGAGACAUGAAGGGCACCCUGGAGCGCCUCGAGGGGCUCUGCAAGUAGCGCCGCACCCGCUGCUGCACCGGGGGUGCGACCGAGCGGGGUGGGCCACCUGCCCGCGGCCCCUCGAAGCCACCCAGGAGCCGGUCUCAGCCCCCCGGCCUCGCACACGGUGGCUUUGGGCCCCCUGUCCUCACGGCCUGCCACAGCCUGGGGCUGGAGGAAGCUUGGCAGCUGGUGGAGGGAAAGGGUCUCGGUGUAAACGGCCUGGCGAACCGCCCGCAGCGCUCCGUAGCUUAAGCUCCAUUAAAGAAUUUGGACUCCACAUGCCUUACGCUUGCUGUUUGUUGAGGGCUAGGGAAAACUAAGCAACCUGAAUCCGAAGCAGCUGUCAGUAUUUAUUUCUGAUCGAACCUGAAGUUGUGAACGCUUUCUUGAUGUUUACGGGCGUACGUGGGUCUUUGUAGUUGACACUUAGUGCCUGACUGAAACAAUUCUCAUGCUGUUACAGUUAACAAACGGGGAGAAUGCUGCUGUCUCUUACAGGACGCAGUUGUAAGGGCAGAUAAGACAAUUCGAUUCACCAAAACACUUUCUGAGAAUAAUAUAAAAUCCACGGGAUAGAAUUGAGAUCUGGAUAAGAGCUAUCUGAGGUACAAACUACUAAAUAAAAGCCUUCAGAUAAAAUA